UACGCUGUUCGUGUUCAUGUACUCGUUCCAUCAUUCCCGCGGGUAACCUAUAAGUAACAUGGCUAGGGUAAAAAAGGACUCACGGCAUCCUAAUGAUCCACUCCAUAGUCAGUUGGGUUUGAGUGGGAGUGACACAGCCGCGCGCUCGUGGGAAACCCUGGGCCCUACGCAGCUCACCCAGCCAGCGAUGGCACAACUGCGCUGCCGCUGUGCCGUGGUGUUUGUGGUGUCCCUGAAAAAUGUGCCGAAACCGUGGACACGCCGUCGGGGUUCUACCGUGCCGUACCGCCCACGCGCUUCCCCAGCGUCCCACCUUGAUUCAACCUCGUUUGUCCCGUUCGGAGUAAGUAUGGGAACUUCCGACCUGGCAUCGAUCCCGGUUGCACCUAGAAACGCGCAAUUGCGCUCACGUUAUGGACGUAACAAGCGCCAACACCCAUUCUGUAUGUGACAAACCUACCAGACAGCAACGGGCAAACUUGGGAUUUCUGCCUGCCCGUCCCGACAGUCAUGCGCAACAUGUCUGGCCCAGGGAGCUGGUUCAGACGGCACAGGCGGCACACCAACGGCAAUGGAUUCCCAAUCCUGAUCUUGAGAUUGUCGAGGAGGCGCAAAAUGCGGCGCG